UAAAAUGUUUGCGCCAAGUCUACAGGUUGGUGCGACAAAAAAGAAAAGAUUCAAGAGUGAAUUGAAUUUCCAUGGUGUUCAAAGUCCACCAAAAAAAUCCAUUUUCAAAACACUGCAAGAGAAUUUUAUUCAAUAUCUCUUAAAUUCGACAUUGCACGGGCUAAAAUAUGUUGGUGACAGAAAAAUUUCUCAUUUUGAACGGUUUUUUUUCGUUUGCAUGUUUAUUUUGGUGGUUGGUUUAUCCGCGUAUUUCAUAUCGAACAUAUGGGCCAAGUGGAAUGCAAGUCCAGUAAUUAUAGUCGAAAGUGCGAUUGCAACUUCAGUCACCUCGAUUCCAUUCCCAGCCGUCACAAUAUGCAAUAUGAAUCUAGUGCAAAAGAGUGAUGUGGCCCAUUUACCACGAUCAAGCGAGGAAUAUUCAAUGAUACAAAGUAUUUGUCAAAGUACAAGAGAUGAUAAUAUAACUAGUUCGGUUGCGGGCAAUUGGUCAGUUUUGAAAAAAGUGUUACUUAAGGUAUCACAAUCAUGCGCAGAGAUGCUUGUGUCAUGCAAGUAUGGAGGUAUUGAAUAUGAAUGCAUGAAGAUCUUUAGUACAAUACUCACUGACGGUGGAAAGUGCUGCAUCUUUAACGGAUUGCAUCGCAAAUUUAUGAUGAAAUUAGAGUAUAAUCGAUCAGAGGAACUGAAUGAUAAUGAUUAUUUGGAGAGUAUGGCAAAUGAUUGGAAUCCAGAAACUGGAUUUGGAUCGAAGGAUUUGAAAUUAAACAAAGAUAGUUAUCCACGCCCUGGAGCAGGCAAUUUACCGUUUGAUAUUCAUAAUUACAAAAAAGCCAAACUAAUCAUUUUUUCAAAGGUGCUGGAGCUCGGUUGGGACUCUCUGUUACUCUGAAUGCAGCUUUAAAUCAAUACUAUUGUUCGUCAACCAGUGGAUUUGGUUUCAAGGUAGUUUUACAUGCACCACACGAGUUGCCUCAGGUCGAUUCAUUUGGACUUGGUAUUGCCAAUGGUCACGAAUCCCGCAUCAUUGCCUUGCCGAUGAUUUCGAGCACGUCAGAAUCCGUUCGAAAAACACCCAUCAAUAUCAGACAAUGCGUCUAUCAAGA